CUACUUGCGCAGUAUGUCCGUCUGCCUCCUGCCAGCGCAAUUACAACACCAUCACUCCUCUCUCUCUCUUUCUCCUCCCCCUUUCUCUCUCUCCUCCAAAAUCCGACAGACCGCCAUUUUUCUGUAAAAACUCGCUUCCUCCCUCCCACUCCUUCCAUUCUCAAACUGCGUGCUCAAAUUUCUGUGCUGGAUUAACAGAAAGAAGAAGAAGCAAGCAAGAACCAGGGAGAAGGGGCGAGCGAGAUGUCGUCUUCAGACGAGGAGGGGUCAGGGGAGGAGUACCUCUUCAAGAUCGUCAUAAUCGGCGACUCGGCGGUGGGGAAAUCCAACUUGCUCUCCCGCUACGCGCGGAACGAGUUCAAUGCCCACUCCAAGGCGACGAUAGGCGUGGAGUUUCAGACCCAGAGCAUGGAAAUCGACGGCAAAGAGGUCAAAGCUCAGAUUUGGGACACCGCCGGACAGGAACGCUUCAGGGCCGUCACCUCUGCUUACUACCGUGGCGCCGUCGGAGCUCUCAUUGUCUAUGAUAUCACCCGCAAGACCACUUUCGAGAGUGUUGGCCGCUGGCUCGAUGAGCUCAAGACUCAUUCCGAUACAACUCUGGCAAUGAUGCUAGUGGGGAACAAAUGUGAUUUAGAGGAUAUCAGGGCUGUGAGUGUUGAGGAUGGUAGAAGCCUUGCUGAAGCAGAGGGGUUAUUCUUCAUGGAGACAUCUGCCCUGGACUCAACAAAUGUUAUAAAGGCUUUUGAGCUUGUGAUUCAAGAAAUAUAUAACAAUGUCAGCCGGAAGGUCUUGAACUCUGAUACGUACAAAGCAGAGUUAUCUGUGAACAGGGUCAGCCUCGUUAAUAAUGGAGCAGACGGAUCAAAGAAAACCCAGGGCUAUUUUUCUUGCUGUUCCGGUUGAUAUGGUUUAUAUCUCCAAAAAGAACACAAAAAUGCAUAGGACGAGCACUCGAGGGCAUUUCCAAGGUUGGUUAUUGAAUUUGGUUCGUUAAUUGGUUUGUUUGGUAUUUGGUACCUACUUAAAGGUUUCCGAACAAGUCGAUAUCAUACAAGUAAAUUCUUAUCUUUUUAAUUCAUGUAAACAAGUUGAAUUUGUACUCCGGAUGGAAGCCAUGUAACUUCUAUAAAAUGAAGACCGGCACCCGUUUUCUUUGGUGUGAUGUAAUUUGUUCUGGUAAGUAUAUUAUGUUCAGCAACUCGAUGAAUUUUAUGUGAUUUUACAGUGCAGUGGAGAAAAACAUGGAACGAUGUUAUUUUGAA